AGAACAAACUAUUCACGCCAAACUUCAACAUCUAACCCUAUAAAUUGUGACCCUCCAAGCCAUGCAAAAAAUCAGUGGUAACUCAACAAAGUAACCAUUCUCUCUAAAAUGGACUCAAUGAUUGAAAAACAAAACAAGUCCAUAGUUGAGACUCUCUACAAAGCAUUACUAGGCCAAGGAGCAAUGGAAUUCCAAACGGUAUCAAAAUUGCUAGCAAGUGAUCUCGAGUAUUGGUUCCAUGGUCCACCAAAAUGUCAACACAUGAUGAAGGUGUUAACGGGUGAGAUAGAUCACAAAAAAGGGUUCAAAUUUGAGCCAAGAAGUGUGAGUUCAAUUGGGGAUUGUGUUAUAGUUGAAGGUUGGGAAGGUGAAGCUUAUUGGGUUCAUGUUUGGACAUUGAAAAAUGGGUUGAUUACGCAAUUUAGAGAGUAUUUUAAUACAUGGCUUGUUGUGAGAGAUUUGAGGCCAUUGAGAUGGGAAGAAGAUCAUCAUCAUCAUAAGCAUGAUAGUAUGAUGACAUUGUGGAGAAGUCAACCUCGUGAUCUUUAUCGUAGGUCACUUCCGGGACUUGUGUUGGCUAUUUAGAACACAUGACAAUGUUUGUGUCUUGUGUUUUAUUUGGUUGUUUUAAUGUAAUGUGUUGUGUACAUCCUUUUCAUGUCUUGUGGUUAAUGGUUAUGCGAAGUUAUCACCAAUUUGGAAGGAAAAAGAAUGAAUAAGAGUUCAAAGAUAUCAUGUUUGUGUA